AUGUCACUAAUUAUUUAUUUUAUUCAGUCUCUCUUCAUUAACAUUUUCGUAUUUCUCACUCUCAAAGCUUAUGCAACUCAAUUGAACUUCAGCUACUCCAGCUUUGAUUCAAACCAUCCUGAGAUUUUCACAGAAAGAGAUACAAGUGUGAGCCAACAAGGUAUUGAACUCAUCAUAAACCUGAGUGAUUUGAAAAGGGAAGGGAGUGUUGGUCGAGCCACGUAUAGAAAACCAUUGCACCUUUGGGACAAGGCAUCAGGAAACUUGACAAACUUUACUACCCAUUUCUCCUUUAUUAUCAACUCGAGCAAUAAAUCUCCCUUCGGAGAUGGGCUAGCAUUUUUCCUGGCUCCGAAUGAUUCAGGAAUCCACCCUGAUGUGAAAUCUGGUGGCGGUCUUGCUCUAGCCAUGAAUGACGAUGUCAAUCAUGCAUUGAACUAUGAAGAAAACCAGUUCGUUGCUGUGGAGUUCGAUACCUUUCAAAAUCCCUGGGAUCCAGUAGGUACACAUGUUGGCAUCAAUAUCAGGUCCAUGAAAUCUGUUGUUAAUGUGUCUUGGCCUAGCAAUGUGAUGGAAGGGAGCAGAACAGAUGCUUGGAUUACAUAUGAUUCUAGCCACAAGACUUUGAAUGUCAGUUUCGUUUACGUUGAUUGUAUGAACAACUCAAAAAUGCAUGGUAACAUAUCUGCUGUAGUUGAUCUUGCCAAGUGUUUACCUGAAUGGGUUACUUUUGGGUUCUCCGCCAGUACAGGAGCUUUAUAUGAGGUGAACAGAAUUACAUCGUGGGAGUUUAAAUCAAGUUCAAAAAUUGUAGAUCUUGUGAACAUCCCGAAUGCUAAUUCUGCAGCUAAUCCUGUAUUUCCGAACGACAAUAAAAGUAACACAGGAAUUGUAGCAGGCUUGAGUGGAGGAGCAUGUGCUUUAAUUGCCGCAGCAGGUCUCAUUUUCUAUAGUUUAAGGAGAAAGGGGAAGAAAGAAGUAGAAAUGAAUGAUGAUUCUGUCUUAGAAGUUUCUUUCGGUGAUGAUUUCAAGAAUGGGACAGGACCAAGAAAAUUUUCUUAUGAUGAAUUGGUUGAUGUAACAAAGAAUUUUUCCGAGGGAGAGAAGCUUGGCGAAGGAGGAUUUGGUGCGGUUUAUAGAGGCUUCUUGAAGGAUCUCAACUGCUAUGUUGCUGUUAAGAGGGUAUCAAGGGAGUCUAAGCAAGGAAUCAAAGAGUAUGCCGCAGAAGUGAAAAUCAUUAGCCGAAUGCGGCAUAGGAAUUUGGUCAAGCUCAUUGGUUGGUGCCAUGAAAAAGAACUACUGCUCGCAUAUGAAUUCAUGCCUAAUGGAAGCCUUGAUACCCACCUUUUCAAAGGAAGGACCUUGUUGACAUGGGAAAUUAGGUACAAAAUUGCACAAGGAUUGGCAUCUGCAUUGUUGUAUCUACACGAAGAAGGCGAUCAAUGCGUGCUGCAUAGAGAUAUCAAAUCUAGUAACAUCAUGUUGGAUUCCAGUUUUGAUGCUAAACUUGGGGAUUUUGGGUUAGCUAGGCUUGUUGAUCAUGCAAAAGGAGCUCAAACCACAGUUUUAGCAGGAACAAUGGGAUACAUGGCUCCUGAAUGUUUCACAUCUGGAAAGGUAAGCAAAGAAUCCGAUAUAUACAGUUUUGGAGUUGUUGCUUUGGAAAUAGCCUGUGGAAGAAGAGUUGUAGAACCGAAACUGCAAGAAAAACAAGCAAGAAUAGUGGAGUGGGUUUGGGAAUUGUAUGGAACAGGAAAACUUCUUGAAGCAGCUGACCCCAAACUUUGUGGAGAUUUUCAAGAACAAGAAAUGGUGCGAUUAAUUAUUGUUGGACUCUGGUGCGUGCAUCCUGACAGAACAUUUCGUCCGUCUAUAAGGCAAGUGAUCAAUGUUCUGCUUAGUCCCGAAGCUCCGCUGCCUGAUCUUCCAUCAGAAAUGCCUGUGCCGGCUUAUCUUGCUCCUCCAAUGAAAAUAUCUAUAACAUCCCUCAUUUCAUCUUAUAAUUCUGCUAGCAGUAACGGAAGGCCAACCCAGAAUUCAACUUACAAAGUCAUAACUGAUUCAUCAAAAGUCACGUCAUCUUCUGGAGCAUCAUCUCCUUCUGUAUCACUCUUGUUAAAUUCUAGAUAAUCUCAAUUUCAGUAAUUCCUUGGAGAUUUCCAUGUAUCCUAAGUGUUAUUCAUGUGGUAUUUCGAAGAAUACAUAAAGCUACAUAUCCUCCACUUUCUAAUUAAUCUAGUUAACAAUAUUUCAAUUGGUUCAUUACAAAUGUUUCUUAGUGAUGAAUAAGGCUACUGAAGCCUAAAAGCAGGAGCUAUGUCUGUUUGGUGUAAUUGUG